AUGGAACAACUGAAAAACCUCGCGAACAAGGACCGUGCUGAUGACACUAAGAUGAAGAGCUCGUUGCUCAAGGGUGAUGGUGAUAACAACGAGAGGACUCAAGAAGUACAGGAAAGUAUGAAGAAAGUUACUGGCAACCUCGAGACUAUUGAAGAUGCAGUUGGUCUGAAGAAUAACGAUCUCGGUGAUGAAGUGACGGAGUUUGGUCAGAGGGACACGGGCCUGCUCUCUGGAGCAGGAGGAGCGGUGGUCCAGGCCGAGUCAUUGGUGUCUAAGGAAUUGAAGGAGGGAAGGGCUGGUAACAAGUUCGAUAUUGAGACAGCUCAUAUGGGCAAUAAUCGACGAAUAGAGAAGACUGAGGCUGAGAAGGAUCAUUCGGCAAUUUUAGCCAGGCAUGAGGAAGCUAUUUUCAAAGGUUUGGAACAUUCUGCUAAGAACAAUAUAUCUGGAAUGUUCAAGAAAGCUCAAGAGACUAAACUUAGAAUGACUAAGACCCUUUCCAAUGUGAUGGAUGAGCUGGGGAAGAUGCAGAUGGACUUUGAAGGCUCUGAGGCUGGUGAUAGCAGCGAUAUUGCAAUUCGUCUUGCUCACACGAGACAGGCG